AUGGCAAGGACGUCUAAACGAAGACCUGACAAUUCUGAAUCAAAACAGGAUGCUCCAAAUAUUGUGACACAAAGUGAUGAUGACUUUGAUGAUGUCGAAGAUGCUGGUAGUAAUUACGAAAAGACACUUCUUCUCCCACCCAUGUCCAGACAAGAAGCAACUCACCAUCCUAUUAAAAAUCUCUUCUGGUGCUUUAUUUGGGCCGCGUUAAAUCCCAAUAUCAAUGCUGUCCUUGAUGGUGGACGUGGCGAUUUCCACUUCGCAACCUUGACUAUGGCUGUGCCACUAGCAUUUUUUCGUCUUCAGCACAGUUUUCGCUUGCACGAACUGCGUUGUGUGCAGAUCGGAUUUCCUGAUGUUGCUGUCGUGGAUGUGUUGUGA